GUGGGUAGGUAGGUGGGUGCUGGUGCUGGUGGUGGUGGUGGAUGGAGCCCCAAACGGAGCCCCUAAUCGACCUCUCUAAAUACUAUGGCAAGAAAAACCUCAACAAGUUCUCGUUGGAGCAAGAGCUGAAGGAGUUCAUGCUGUUUAUGAAGAGGAUCAAUAAAAGCAGUGCCGGUCCCUUCCAUUCCAUGGGCCCAGACCACGACGCCUACAUUCGGAGCGCAAAUAUACUGUUCAACAUAUGGAACAAGUAUAAACAUCGAUUACCUCUUCAUUUUUACCAUGAACAAUUGCUGAUGGUGGGAGAUUUUCUUGCACAGCUAAAGGAAUAUAGGCUGGCCUUGUGGCAGUGUUAUGGCAGAUACUUACAGCAGUUCAACAUUGACCAGAUCUCCAUUGACGAAAUCACAGAAAUAGACCAAUUUAAGAGCAUCUUCUUUUCAAGUGGACUUGACGCAGAGAACACUGGUUUAACAUUUCAUGCUUUGCAAGGAAAGAGCAUUUGCAAUUACCAACUAGUAAUCGAUUCUGAUGGAAGCUUGCUGAAUCUGGAAUCCAUGAAAAAGUGCAUGAACAUUCUUACAUUUCUACGGCUGAUCAUGCAAGUUGUUUUGCCACAAGAACGGCUCUGCUGGCUGAUUUACAAUGGUACUAUUCACAUUUACACUAUCUGUAGGCACUUGAUGAUUUUGGGACAUUCUGCUAAGGUAAGGCAACCAAACACUGAGUCUUUCAGUGAGUCUUUCUGAUCAUGGCAAUGUGGGGAAACAGCAGGAAA